AACACUUCCAUUGGAGGGUUUUUACAGGAGAAUGGGACACAUGCUGGAAAACUCACCACGCUUCAUAAAAAUCACGGGGGUAACAGUUUCCAUCAGCGUUGCGGUAUGAAAGGUUCUCGAUGGAUUGUCUGCUGGUGGCUACGAUGGAUCAGUCUUUCCCUGUUCCUGUUUGCGAUGUGCUGAAGGAUCCGGAUUUAGUGAAAUACUGACGCCUAUAAACUUACUCCCUCUCUGCUGAAGGCAUCGGAUGUGACAGUGCAGAGAAACAUGUGUUUCACAUUUCUGACUGGUUGUUUUGGUGCAAUCAAUACCUCCACGAGAAACAUUGACUUAGGUGGCGACUGUCAUAGCGGGAGGCACACGGAGUGCAGCUCUCGGCUUGCAGGCACAGCGAGCACAAAUCAAAGAGCCCGCCGUUCCUGGGAAGCGGGGGCUUCGCUUCCCCCCAGACUGCGGGGCAGAGGCUCCCGACCCACCCCGGGGAGCCCGGCCCGGCGGUGCGGAAUGAGCAAUGACCAAAGCGCUGUCAGGAGUGGCGGGCAGUCGGAUCCGAUGGGGAUCAGUGAGGCAAUAGCGGUUGAAAGAAAGGUGGAUCGCGAAAUUAUUGCCCGAAGGAAUAGCAGGCGAGGCGGAAUGAUGAUAAAGUUAAACUUCUGUUUCAUCUUCUGUCGGGGAUGGUGGGCGUUUCUGUUGCUUCAGCUCCACAUGUUGCAAGCACUGGCACAAGAUGAUGUUGCACCCUACUUCAAGACAGAACCAGGCCUGCCCCAGAUACACCUGGAAGGGAACCGACUGGUCCUGACGUGCCUUGCCGAAGGCAGCUGGCCCUUGGAAUUCAAGUGGUUACACAACGACAGCGAAAUCACCUCCUACUCCAGUGAAUAUAAGUACAUCAUCCCAGCUCUGCAGAAGUCUGAUGCUGGAUUUUAUCAGUGCAUUGUACGGAACAGGAUGGGGGCCCUGCUGCAGAGGAGAUCUGAAGUCCAAGUGGCAUACAUGGGGAAUUUCAUGGACACGGACCAGAGAAAAACAGUGACUGAAGGACAAGCUGCAGUUCUGAACUUCCCACGCAUCCUGAGCUAUCCAAGACCCCAAGUGACGUGGUUUAGAGACGGGCACAAGAUUAUCCCAAGCAGCAGAAUAGCCAUCACACUGGAGAAUCAGCUGGUGAUCCUUGGAACAUCAGUGACCGACGCAGGAGGUUAUUAUGUCCAGGCAGUCAAUGAAAAGAAUGGGGAGAACAAGACAAGUCCCUUUAUUCAUCUCAACGUAGCAAGUGCUGCAGACCCCGCUGAGCCCCUGGCUCCCACCAUCGUGAUCCGCCCGCGCAACACCAGCGUGGUCGCCGGGAGCAGCGAGGCCACUCUGGAGUGUGUGGCCAACGCUAGACCUCUUGAGAGACUAAGUGUGACCUGGAAGAGAAAUGGAAUAAAGAUAACCAGUGGCAUUAGCAGCUUUGGGAGACGACUCACUAUCACCAACCCAACCUCUGCUGAUGUGGGGAUGUACUUCUGUGAAGCAAAACUGAGAGAGAGCACAGAGGAACCAGCAAGAGCAAAAGCCUUCCUUUCUAUACUGGAACCACCGUAUUUUACGGCCGAGCCCGAGAACCUGAUUUUGGCUGAAGUGGAGAAGGACGUGGACAUCCUGUGCCAGGCCAUGGGUGUUCCCAUUCCCACCCUGGUGUGGUACAAGGACUCUGUUCCCCUCAGCAAGCUGGAAAACCCCCGUUACAAAGUGCUGCUGAGUGGUGGACUGAGGAUCCACUCCCUGCGCCCUCAGGAUGCUGGAAUCUUCCAGUGCUUUGCCAGUAACAAAGCUGGGGAGAUCCAGACAUACACCUACCUGGAUGUGACCAACAUUAAACCAGCAUUUAUCCAGCCUCCAGAGGAUACCACAGUCACGGAGGGCAUGACUGCAGUGCUGACCUGUGAAGUAUCAGGGGCUCCAAGACCUGCCAUCUCAUGGAAGAAAGGGAAGCAGAUCUUAGCCAGUGGCUCAGUUCAGAUUCCUCGCUUCGUUCUUCUUGAAUCUGGAGGGCUCCAGAUAACACCCGUUUUCCUCCAGGAUGCUGGCAAUUAUACUUGCUGUGCAGUCAACUCUGAAGGAGCUCUGAAUGCUUUUGUGAUGCUGACAGUGUGGAAUCGCACCUCCAUCGUCCGCCCUCCCGAGGACAGCACCGUGAUCAAAGGAACCACAGCCACCCUGCACUGCGAGGCCACUCACGAUCCCAGAAUUUCAAUCAGGUAUCUUUGGAAGAAGGACAGUGUUGUAAUAAAUCCAUCCAGCAGUUCCAGGAUCACAGUGGAGAAAGAUGGAACCCUCCUCAUCAGCCAGACGUGGUCAGGUGACAUUGGAGAUUAUACCUGUGAGGUCAUUUCUUCUGGAGGAAACGACUCCAGAAUGGCUCGACUAGAAGUGAUUGAGCUGCCUCAUUCCCCUCAGAAUCUUCUGGCCACUCUGAAUUCCUCCCACAGCCGGAGCGUGAUGCUCUCCUGGGUGCGCCCCUUUGAUGGCAACAGCCCUGUGCUCUACUAUGUGGUCGAGCUCUCUGAGAACAACUCUCCCUGGAAGGUUCACCUCUCCAACCUUGACCCCAAGAUGACCAGUGUCACCGUGAGUGGACUCACCCCAGCCCGGACCUACCAGUUCAGGGUGUGUGCAGUCAACCAGGUGGGAAAGGGCCAGUACAGCACUGAGACCAGCAGGUUGAUGUUACCAGAGGAGCCCCCCAGUGCCCCACCAAAAAACAUAGUGGCCAGUGGACGAACCAAUCAGUCUAUUAUGGUGCAGUGGCAGCCUCCUCCUGAGAGUGAGCAUAAUGGAGUUCUUCAUGGGUACAUCCUAAGGUAUCGCCUGGCCGGCCUCCCUGGAGAAUACCAGUAUAAGAACAUCACCAGUGCAGAAAUCAACUACUGCUUAGUGAAAGACCUGAUCAUUUGGACCCAGUAUGAAAUCCAGGUGGCAUCUUACAAUGGAGCUGGGCUGGGAGCCUUCAGCAGACCCGUGACAGAGUACACUUUACAGGGAGUGCCCACGGCUCCACCGCAGAACGUGCAAGUCGAAGCCGUGAACUCCACAACCAUCCAGUUCCUCUGGAACCCUCCACCCCAGCAGUUCAUCAAUGGCAUUAACCAAGGAUACAAGCUCCUGGCCUGGCCAGUGGACGCUCCAGAGAGUGUGACUGUGGUCACCAUCGCUCCGGAUUUCCAUGGAGUCCACAGUGGCUGCAUCACCAACCUGAAGAAAUACACCACUUACUACACCUCAGUUCUGUGUUUCACCACGCCAGGGGACGGCCCCCGGAGCACACCCCAGCUCCUGAGCACCCUGGAGGACAAGCCGGGAGCAGUGGGACACCUGAGUUUCACCGAGAUCCUCGACACCUCGCUCAAGGUCAGCUGGCAAGAACCUGUAGAGAAAAAUGGCAUCAUCACAGGGUACCAGAUCUCCUGGGAGAUGUAUGGCAGGAACGAGUCUCGCCUUGCCCGCACGCUGUCCAACACAACCCUGGAGUACAAGAUCACGGGGCUCUCGUCCCUCACCACCUACACCAUCGAGGUGGCAGCUGUGACCGCGAAAGGGAGCGGGUGGGUCACGUCCUCCACCAUCUCCUCUGGUGUGCCCCCAGAACUUCCAGGUGCUCCAUCCAACCUGGUGAUUUCCAACAUCAGCCCUCGCUCUGCCACACUUCAAUUCCGUCCAGGAUACGACGGCAAAACCUCCAUCUCCAAGUGGAUAGUUGAAGGCCAGGUUGGUGUGCUGGGUGAUGAGGAAGAAUGGGUGAGUCUUCAUGAGGUGGAGAAUGAACCUGAUGCUCAGAUGCUGGAGGUACCAAACCUUACUCCUUAUACUCAUUACAGGUUCCGGAUGAGGCAGGUGAACGUGGUGGGUCCCAGCCCCCUGAGCCAGCCCUCCAGGGUCAUCCAGACACUGCAGGCCCCUCCAGAUGUGUCCCCUGGGAGCGUCACCGUGCGCACGGCCAGCGAGACCAGCCUGUGGCUGCGAUGGGUGCCCCUCCCUGACACGCAGUACAACGGCAACCCAGAGUCCGUGGGGUACAGGAUCAGGUUCUGGCGUGUGGACCUGCAGUCCCCUGUCCUCACGAAGGUCAUUAAUGACAGACUGGAGAGGGAGUACACGGUUGAAGACCUGGAGGAGUGGACAGAGUACGAGCUGCAGAUCCAGGCCUUCAACGCCAUCGGGGCAGGGCCGUGGAGCGAAGCCGUGAGGGGCCGCACCCGGGAGUCUGUUCCCUCUGCUCCUCCUGAGAAUGUCACUGCUGAAGCCGUGAGUUCCACCCAGAUCCUGCUGACGUGGGCUGCAGUACCCGAGUCUGAGCAGAAUGGUCUCAUCCUGGGGUACAAGAUACUUUUCAAAGCAAAAGAUUUGGACUCUGAACCCAAGAGCCAGACAGUGAGAGGGAACCACACCCAGUCUGUCCUGCUCUCCGGCCUGCGGAAAUUCGUCCUCUACGAGAUCCAGGUGCUGGCGUUCACUCGGAUUGGGGAUGGAGUCCCCAGCUCUCCUGCAGUGAUAGAGAGAACCAAGGAUGAUGCCCCUGGCCCCCCCGUGAGGCUGGUGUUCCCCGAGGUGAGGCUGACAUCCGUGCGGAUUGUUUGGCAGCCACCAGAGGAGCCCAAUGGAAUCAUUCUGGGGUACCAGGUCGCCUAUCGCCUGGCCAGCAGCAGCCCCAACAAGUUCACCACGGUGGAGGUCGGCUCGACAGUGCGGCAGUUCACGGCCACAGACCUCACCCCGGAGUCAGCCUACAUCUUCAGGACAUCUGCCAAGACCAGGCAGGGCUGGGGGGAGCCCCUGGAAGCCACGGUGAUCACCACCGAAAAACGAGAACGACCAGCACCUCCCAGGCAGGUGAUGACCCCCCAGAGCGACGUGUCCUCACGGAGUCUGCUGCUGAAGUGGGUCCCUGGAAGUGAUGGAUCUUCACCAAUCCGAUAUUUUACAGUCCAAGUGCGAGAACUGCCCAGUGGAGACUGGCAAACCUACUCCUCUUCCAUCAGCCACGAGGCGACGUCCUGCAUUAUCGAAAGCUUGAACCCGUUCACCUCUUACAAGCUGCGAGUGAAGGCAACAAACGACAUCGGGGACAGCGACUUCAGCGCGGAGACAGAGGCGGUCACGACCCUGCAGGAUGUUCCAGAUGAACCACCCAGUUCUGUGUUAGUGACUCCCCACACGACUUCCUCUGUCCUUGUGCAGUGGCAGCCACCCAAAGUGGAGAGUCUGAAUGGUUUGCUGUUGGGAUACCGGAUCUACUAUCGGGAGCUGGAUUAUGACACUGGACCUGGAAGAGAAUCCAAAAACAUCCAGAACCCUUCAGCUUUACGAGCAGAGCUCACACCCCAAAGCAGCUUCAAGACAGUGAACAGCAGCUCUGCAUUAACGACGUAUGAAUUAACACAGUUGAAAAAAUACAAGAGAUAUGAAGUACUAAUGACAGCAUACAAUGUCAUUGGUGAGAGCCCUACCAGCACACCAGUGGAAGUAUUUGUGGGUGAAGCAGCACCAGCGCUGGCCCCACAGAACAUCCAAGUAAACUCCCUUUCUGCAAGCCAGCUGGAGCUCACCUGGGACCCCCCUCCUGCCGACAGCCAAAAUGGGAACAUCCAAGGCUACAAGAUUUAUUACUGGGAGAGUGACACCCAGAAUGACACGGAGAAAGUGAAGGUCCUUUUCCUCCCGGAGACAACGGUCCGGCUGAAGAACCUGACGAGCCACACGCGGUACAUGGUCUGCAUCUCCGCCUUCAACGCCGCCGGGGACGGCCCCCGGAGCAGCCCCUCGCAGGGCAGGACGCACCAGGCGGCACCCAGUGCUCCCAGCUUCUUGGCGUUCUCUGAAAUCACUUGCACUACACUCAAUGUGUCUUGGGGCGAGCCGACAGCAGCAAAUGGAGUCCUGCAGGGUUAUCGAGUAGUCUAUGAGCCUCUGGCUCCCGUCCAGGGGGUGAGCAAGGUGGUGACUGUGGACAUUAAAGGGAACUGGCAGCGCUGGUUGAAGGUCCGUGAUCUCACCAAGGGCAUGACCUAUUUAUUCCGAGUGCAAGCCCGAACCAUUGCCUAUGGACCUGAACUUCAAGCCAACAUCACAGCUGGGCCAGCAGAAGGGUCUCCUGGCUCCCCUCAGGAAAUUCUGGUGACAAAAUCUGCUUCUGGGCUCACGCUACGGUGGACUGAGGGAGAUUCAGGAGAAAAACCCACAACUGGCUACAUUAUAGAGGCACGACCCUCAGAUGAAGGACUCUGGGAUAUGUUUGUGAAGGACAUCCCUCGCAGUGCCACCUCCUACACAGUCGGCCUGGACAAACUCAGACAGGGUGUCACCUAUGAAUUUCGGGUGGUGGCUGUCAACGAAUUUGGCUAUGGAGAGCCAAGUGUUCCCUCCGUGGCAGUAUCAGCACAAACAGAAGCCCCUUUCUACGAAGAGUGGUGGUUUCUGCUGGUGAUGGCUCUCUCAAGCCUGAUCCUCAUCCUCCUGGUGGUGUUUGCAUUGGUCCUGCAUGGCCAGAGCAAGAAGUACAAGAACUGCAAUGGAGGUAAAACCAUCUCCAAUGUAGAAGAGUCAGUCACCCUGGAUAACGGAGGCUUCACUGCUCUGGAGCUCAACAGCAGACACCUGAACAUCAAGAGCACCUUCUCAAAGAAAAAUGGAACCAGGUCUCCUCCUCGCCCAAGCCCGGGGGGGCUGCACUACUCUGAUGAGGACAUCUGCAACAAGUACAAUGGAGCUGUGCUGACCGAGGGCUUGGGCCUCAACGAGAAGCCCUUAGAAGUGUCGGAGUCAGAGGUCACGGACUCAGACUAUGAGGACGAGUUGCCAAAGCACUCCUUUGUGAACCACUACAUGAGCGACCCCACCUACUACAACUCGUGGAAGCGGCAGCAGAAAGGGGUGAAGCACCCGGCGUCCUACAGAUACGAGGAGUGCACCGCCAGCGAGACAGAACCCUAUUUCCAGACUGUCAUCACGACACAGAGCUCAGGAGGGGUGUACACCCCCACGGGACAGCCCGCGCCCGGCUCCCGGACUCCAGUGACAGGGUUCUCCUCCUUCGUCUGAGCCGGGGCUGGGGGACACGGCCGAGCCACGGGUGACACCCGGGGGGACCCGUCGCAGGGACUGUGUGCGCGUGACCGGGGCGGUGAACUGGGGGUGACUCCUCUAUCAGGGUAGAAACGGAUGGGAACACACAUGAGGCUGGGUUGGUGUUUCGUUUUUUUUUUUUCCUGAAGACAAUCAACUCUAAAAAAAAAGAAAAAAACAACGCGGAGCUGAACGAGCUGAACGUUUGUUUUAAAAAAAAAAA